AACAACUCAUAACCCAUUCACACUUAAAAAAAACUCAAAGACUUCUUUUUGAUAAACAAGAACAGUUCAAAUCAAGGAAGAAAGUGGCCCAAAAUAUGAUGGCAUCGUCUAAUCUGAACCCAGCAUUUGCCUACACGGUUGUGUACGUAAAGGAUGUAGCCAGGUCUGUUGAUUUCUACGCCAGAGCUUUUGGAUACCAUGUUCGUCGCCUAGACGAUUCUCAUAGAUGGGGAGAGCUGGAAAGUGGGCAGACCACCAUAGCUUUCACUCCUAUCCACCAGCAUGAGACUGAUGAUCUAAGUGGUACAGUGAGGACUCCUCACUUUGGACGCGAGCGAGCCCCGAUUGAGGUUUGCUUCGCCUAUGCAGAUGUAGACGUUGCUUAUAAGAGGGCUGUGGAAAAUGGGGCGGCGCCGGUGAGCGAGCCGGAGGAAAAACAAUGGGGACAGAGAGUUGGAUACGUGCGUGAUUUAGAUGGAAUUGUUGUGAGAAUGGGAAGCUACGUCUCUAAACCUGCAAAGCAGGACUGAUUUUAUGUAUUUUUUCUUUUUGUAUUUAGGGAUGGAUCAUUUAUAAAUAGUAAUAAUAAUAAUAUUCAGAGA